UUAAAGACAACACCAGGAUGACCUGCAACUUCCUGAUGUUAAACUGUGACGAAGCGGACUUUACCCUGGAACCGCAGCAUACAAGUAUAACAUGUAAUUAAGGGAAUCAAGAUGGCUAACAUUGAAUCAUGUUUUUACGUGAAUGAUUUGUGGUAUUUCAUGUAGGACCCUCCCUCCACUCUUAAAUAAAUAGUUUUUGUUCAAGUUGGACAGCAAUGUAGCCAAUCAAAACCCUCCACCUUCAACCAUGUGAUUUUGAAACCCGGAAUGAAAACAGGUCCUACUUUUUAACCCAGACUUUCAGAAAACGUUGCAUGGUUUCGAGCUUCAGCCAUUCCAGGUUGUGUUUCCUCCGAAGUCAUGAAGGCGGCUCUGCUUCACGUGUCGGUGCCCUUUGUGCUCUGUGUCGCCUGGGCGAACACCAGCCUGUUCGACGGAGUUCAGGUGGACUUGUCUUGUGGCCAUUAUGCAGAGCCACUGGUUGCUGGCCUGCCUGGCUUCCUGGCGAUGCCGUGUAACUGCCUGGUUAACCUGGCCUACAUCUCCAUGGGACUGUACUGGCUGCUGCGGCCCAGCGGCGUCCAAGAAACGCGGACCAGCCGCUACAUGAGGGAGGUGUUCGCCCUCAUGGCCGUCCUGUACGGACCCGUGCAGUGGGCACGCCUGGCGCUGCUGCGGCGUGCGCCCGCCGUACUCGACCAGUGGCCUCACCUUACGAUCUUCACGUGGGUUCCGGUGUGGAUCGGCUUCAUAGAACGGGGGCCAGCGAAGUGGAGCGGGCUGCAUGCGGCCGCGCACGAAGUGGCCUCUAUCCUCAGCUACGGCCUGGCGCUGGCGCACGAGCGGGGCUUCGAGUUGGCGCUGGGGUGUCACGUCGCCCUCGCGGUGUACAAGGGAGUUCGCGUGCAGAUGGCGCAUGGUGAUGGUCGCACGCGGAGAUAUCUACUGCUAGCGGUGUUGUCAUGCGCGGGAUUCGUGGUGCUGAAGCUGCUGGAUCACUGGCUCGCUCGGUACCGGCUGUUCCAGCGGCUCACCGGACACUUCUGGUCCAAAGUGUGCGACGUGCUGCAGUUCCAUUUCAGCUUCUGUUUCCUGACCACACUGCCGCAGAGGAAGACCGCCGCACGGCAGGAGUGAGAAGCCGGUUUCAUACAGUGUGAUUGGAUUCUCAGGCCUGAUUCUAUCACCAACAUAAUAUUACCCAUUGGCUUGGAUUUGCUAAUGCUUGAUACACAUAGUAUAGUUGUCCAAAUAUUCACAUAGGAACAAGAAAAGAGGAAGAGAGGGAGGAGGGGGGGUUCACAGCCCCAAAGACCACAUGUCUCGUAGCCUGAACAAUUUAAUCAAAGUGGUGAUGUGCAUACCUAAUGUUAGAUUGUAAUCAAUAUGCAAUUCUUGGCCCCCCGCACACUGAAAGGAUUAAGAUCCAAAAUACUUAUUUGUUGACUCUUCCACAUAAAUGAGCUUGUCUUAAGUGCACUCAAACACUUGUAAAUACUCUGGUGCCCAGAGCCAUAUACACAUUUAACCAUAAACCAUUAUUUAAAUGGUGUUCUGCUGAAUUGAGCUACUUGUGAUAAAUGAACUGAUAUUUUUCCGGGCAAUGUGGUGAGGACUUCGACAUUGGGAAAAAGAAUAAAACACUUGACUUGAAUGAAUAAACUAUUUGAAAAAUCAAAAUAUUUAACACAAAUUCAGGGUGUACACUGGGAACUUGAACUAUUUCAAUAUAUAUAAAUAUCCGCUAUGGUUUAUGAUUUGAAUCCACAUUAAUAUUUAAUAUCACAACAACAAAAAUGCGGCAAUUAGAAUAUGUAUUUCUUUACUUUCAACACGCCAAAAAGAAAUUACUUGAUAUUAUAUAUUAUACGGAUAACUAAGUUAGAAAAAUAAAAACAUGCCAGUAAGACAUACUGACCUCAGAUAAAUGCAGCUGUGUAUGAGAUGUCUCAUUGUUGGGUUCUUGAUAUUUUUGGUGAAUAAUUGUGGAACCCCUCACAUGUUUACACGUCAUGUCUAGUGAUAGAAGUGAGGACUGGCUCUGCCAAUUGUUUGCUUCUGGUCCAUAGCAUGGCUAGGCCCGCCUCCCGGAAGUUCUGAUUGGAGCAGUAAAUAAGAGGGUUCAGACUACAGUCCAGGUAUGACAUCACUGAUGACAGUGUCCUUAACCAAUCAGGUGCCGGGGACAGGUCCAUCCUACCCAGCAGGAUCAGCUGAUGAAGAGAAAGAAACAAAGACAGUCUCUUGAGUGGACAAGUAUGUGUUCACUCUGUGACUUUUACAUCUGUGAACAUGCAGAUACAAAAGCUCCUGUGCUGUUGCAUGUGUGCAACUAGUGAGAGAGUGCAAGGCUCACCUCAGACGCAACAAAGGGGGUGUAGCAGAGCAUGUAGGAGGCAACCAGCAGAGGACUGACUGUAGACAGAUCUGCUUCAUCAUCACUGAGAUAGAGGGCAAGAUGGAGAGAAGAAUAUUUCACCUGUUGCAGCUCCAGCAGCAGCCAGUGGCACUCAGUAGAGAGCAGAAGACAAUGAGGAUGAAGGGGAGGAAGAUACCGAUGGAGAAAGCGCAGAGAAUGUAAACCAACAUAUCUGAAUAGCUGUUCUCCCAAAAGACAGCACACAGCAUCUCUGCAGGGUCGUACCUGUAAAAAUGAGAGGACAUGAUGUUGAGUAGAAACCACAUGUUGACCAUGGAGCAUUGAAAGCAUUAAGCAAGCGUCAUACCUGAUCCAGUCGUAGACAACAGGGGACACUCCCAAAACACCACCCCUGUCACCCAAGAAGCCAAGCAGGCUGUUACCAUGACAACAAAGAGAGGACUUCUUGUGGAGGCCAUGCCAAACAGCUGUUGCACGCAGAGGAUAGCUGUAAAGCAAAACAGACCGGUUUAAAAGGAAUUAUGGGACAAUUAAUCGUUUACUACUGUAGUACUAAUGCAAGGACAGUAGUCAAGUUAUGUGAAGUGGUUAGAUGCAUCAGAUGCUAGUGUUCAUAAAUUGUAAAAAAGAUUGAUGCUGCUUUCAGUUUUAACUUUAUUCAACAAUACUGUGUUUUCUAGCUUCUGUGAAGGGCAGCUUGCCAUCUUUUAUUUUGUAUUGUUCCAUUCAAAUCUCAAAUCGUCUGGGUGCAAAGUGAACUAGUACCUAUGCUCCCGAUGGAAGAGGUGAUGAAGGCAAACUUGAGCAGGCUGACGACCUCACACCAUGGUGACCUCUGACCUCCUGUCAGCAUGGCCAAGAGAGAGCCGCAGAUGAUGAGGAGGGAGCAGCCUUCACAACACAAGGUUCAUUAGGAGAAAUGAUGACUUCCUGCACUGAGAUUACAUGUCAAACAAUGUGACAGAUGUGUUAUACUAUAGUAUAAUCAAAUAGGGUGGGUUUGUAAGAUAGUUUUACACACCAAGAAAGUAAAUUACCGAAUGUAAUCAUGUGAUGCACUGGCAUUAGUGUCAGUGUAAUUUGUACCUAAAUCUGACAUGGUGAGGCUGAAGAAAGGAAGCCAAUAACGACAGCAGAACUGACCCCUGCACUGAAAAUGAAAGACAGAAGAGGAGAAGUGAACAUAUGAUAAUAUGACACAAACAUGAAUGAUCACACAAAACCAAAACAUUAAAUUCAUUUCCACUA